AUGUCCGUAUCCGACCAGAGUGAAUACUCGCAAGGAAACAACCAGUAUGCGUCCCAUUUCGGGAACCAGUAUCCGCAACAACAACAACAACAUCAACAUCAACAACAGCCACCUGCUGGCGUAGCAGCAGCAGCGGGAGGCUACUUCCCUACUGCCAACGAGCUACCCGACAACUCCCGAAAUAUCCAUCAGCUAUCCGAUGACAUCCCGCCGCAUCCCAAUGACCGCUCAUUUCCCAACGACGAUGUCAUGUCGCACCAGUCCUAUCAACAAGCCAACAUGGGCCACGACGGGUACUGGUCUGGCCAACCAUCCGCGCCUUCAGCACCCUCAGCACCAUCAGCGCCCUCGGCACAAGAGUCUUACGAAUUACCGGGCCAGAGUCCCCGGCCUGGCGCAGCGCAACCUGCCCAAGGACAAGGGGGAUAUCGCGGCGUGGAUCCAGAAGUGCCUCUUCACCAGCGUAUGGAGGGAAGAGUCCCUUACCGGCCCGGUCAUUUAGGGGCGUCACAUAAUUUCUGA